AUGGCACAUUAUCAGAACCAGUACGGUGCUGUUCCUGCUAGUGCUGCCAAGGAUCCAAUUCAGAAGGAAAUGGAGACUGCCGGAGACACCACCGGCGUCGGAGUUGGUGGCGGCGGUGGUGGCCCUACACAAGUCAUAGCUGAAGAUUAUGAGAAGGAGAAGCAUCAUGAUCAUCAUCAUGGUCAUGGGCAUGGUCAUGGUCAUGGUGAUGAUCAUCAUGAUGGUGAUGAUCAUAGUCAUGAGAAGAAGGGAAUAUUGGAGAAAAUUAAGGAGAAGCUUCCUGGGAGUGGAACUCAGCACAAGCCACAACAAUAA